CCGCCGUAGCAUGGCGCUGGGCUCGGAGGCGCUGCGGGAGCGGCCGGUGCAGCUGGCGCUGGUGCUGGCCUUCGCCUCGGGCGUGCUGGUGGGCUGGCAGGCCCAGCGCGUGCGCAGGCGCUUCCUGGCCUGGAGGAAGCGGCGGCUGCAGGGGCUGCUGGAGGCCACGCAGAAGAAGCUGGACGUGGCCUGAGCGGGCUGCGGCGGGGCCGUGACCUUGGGCGGCCCGGUCCCGGGCGGAGCGGUGCCCUGGUCCCUGCCGCGCCCCUGGGCCUCCCUGUCACAGCCCGAGCCGGGGGGGUGUUAACGCGCCUGGUCAGGACAUAUCUCAGGAUCAGGAUGAUGAAGGCCUCAACGGUGUUACAGUAGAUCCUGGGAGAUGGUGGGAGUGGAAGCCAUCAUGGUAAAGCUUGUGGCAGUGGUUGUUGGCAGACAGCUGCUACUUUGCCUUAUACAGAUGAAAGCUGACAGCUGAAUGAAAAUAAAUGGACUCCUGCUGCAUUUGUAUCUAAACACAGUUUAAAAGAUGGACUUUAAAAACAAAUGUUUUGAAAAGCAACCAUAUUCUAAAAAAGAAGGCUUCUGUGGUAUCAUACAAUCUCAUUUGCCUAAACUGACAUCAGCAAAAAUUGUCUUCACAUGUAUCAGAAUGACCUAUCCUCCAAAAUGUUUUGGGGUGAGCUUGCUUAAUUCAUAUGUAUUAUAACUGUGCAAAUCUGUCACAUUAUGUUUUUAAAAGAUGUUUGUGUCUGUUUUGCUUUGUGAUUCUUAAGGCUCGUCCUGAGCUACAUUUGACCCUUACAUUGUAAUAAAUUAAACUAAAAAUGAUAUCAUUUGUUACUUACUUUAUUAUAAAUUACUAGUAUCUGUUAAGUGGGGAGUGAAAACAUGUAAAGAUUGACGUUAAACAUUUCAGAACUUUGAAAGUAUACAACCCAAAAGGGUUGGUCAAGAAGAUGAAGGCAAAAGCAUGCUAGUGUACACUGAUAAGAUAAAUUUGUAUAUUAAAUCAGUAAUACUGGGGUUCUUGUAUGAAAUUCAGCAAAAAUAGAGAAUUCUGUUUCUAGAUCUCUUACCAGCUCCAUAACUAAGAAUACAUCAGCCCUUUCUGUGCCACAGCAUCACUUCCAGCAAGGAUGCUGGACAUCAUGAAUUAAAAUCCUUGGGACUUCCUUUUUGAUUGAUUUUUUGCUGGGCCGCAUGCUACAUAUAUGUCAGCCAUCCCUAUCUUUCUAUUACUUCCAUGCAUAUGUGCACAGCUUUCCCCUCCAAAAAUAAAUCUCCUAAUCAACACA